AUGGCGGUAGAAAUUGGUAGUCAAGGGAAUGCUUCGAUGUUCGCGGAUGUAGCCAAAAUGUUUGAUAUGGUUGGUAUUUCUCUGUUCCUCGCAGCUACCGUAACUGCCGCGUUGAGUCCGAGCUCAAUAGGUUCGGACCUCUCGAUCGUGAUCCAUAAUGAUCUUCUAGAGGGCAACAGUACCUUGGCUGGAUCAGGUGUUCUACUCCUGGAUCCAAUGCCAUUGCAGAAAGCCAUCGACACCUGUCAUAGCCUCGGAGAGACCCUGUGGUCAUACACAAGUGGAGUUUCGGAAAUACAGAAUGACUUGGACUAUCUCACUUAUCAGGGCAAGUAUAGUAACAAUCAACAAUAUUGGAUUGGUGAUAUCCGCAACACGCCCUCAACAAUCAACGCGAAGGGACAAAUUCAGAAAGCUUCUGCGAACACCUACCUUCCAGCACUUUGUACCCAGAGUGCUCCGUACUCGAAUUCCGAUACCCAGAAUACGAGCUCAACCUGGCAGGUCUCUGUUCGUUCUAAUAACGAAUACCUCACUGGGUUCCGUGAUCGAGUGAGCUUCCGCUUUCUCGGCAUCCGAUAUGCCCCUCAGCCCAAGCGUUGGACAUACUCCGAGCUUUAUGAAGGAACUGGCAAAGAUGUCUCCGCCCUCGACUACGGAUCUGAAUGCCCGCAGAGCUCAAGCGGAUCAGAGGACUGUUUCUUCCUCAACGUUUUCACGCCAUACCUUCCCAAAUCGACGAGUCCAAAAAAAGAAAACCUGAAGCCAGUCAUGUUCUGGAUUCACGGCGGUGCUUUUCAAACCGGAACAGGCAGUGAUCCGACCGUCGAUGGAGGGAAUCUCGCUUCAAGGGGUGAUGUAGUAGUAGUCACCACAAACUACCGUCUCGGAAACCUAGGAUUCCUGGCUCUAAACGAUGGAACUACAAAUGGCAACUACGGCCUGGGAGACCAAAUCACCGCACUGGAAUGGGUGCUGCGCAAUAUCCAGGAUUUUGGCGGUGAUCCAGAACGGAUAACCAUCUUCGGACAAUCUGCCGGUGCAGGCUCAGUUCGAGCCCUCCUAGCAUCCCCCAAGGCCCGCGGGAAAUUCGCCGGUGCCAGCAUGCUAAGCAACCUAGGAGGCGUGGGAUAUGGAACAACGUACUCCGAGUACUACAGCAUCGCCGAGGAGAUGGAAGUUGUUGGAAACGAUAUCCUCAGCGAAACAAACUGUACGAAUGCCAAAUCCCGGGUCGAUUGUCUACGCCAACUGUCCGCAUCAACAAUCAUCAACCUAAGCGCUAGUGCCAGAUACCUAGUUGUUGACGGGGAGUACCUUGUAGCCCCAGAACUGGGUUUAAAGAAUCCCCAAACUACAGCAAACGUCCCACUGCUCCUCGGCACGACCAGAGACGACGGCGCAGCCUUCAUAGCCUAUCCAUCUGUAAACGAAACCAUUCAGGAAUUUCUAGAUGCAUCGGGUCUGCCCUCAAACGAGGUCCCCAGCACGCUUUUCCCCAUCCCAUCGGGAACAAAUCACACCCUCGACAUCUUCAACACAACAGCCCGGAUAUCGACAGACGGCAUGUUCCGCUGCAUCGACCAAGCAACCGCAUACGCAGGCCUGAAAAACCACAUCUUCCCAUCAAUAUUCUUCUACGAAUUCAACCGCACCUACCAAAUGCCAGGCUGGUCGCCGAAUCCACCUCUCUGCCAAGCGCCCGUCACGCCCGAGUUCCCGAAUGGCGACCCAAGCCUAGAGUAUUUCAAAUGUCAUUCCGGGGAGCUGUAUUAUGUCUUUGGGAAUGUACUGCGUAUUGGGCUUCCGCUACGGGAUCAGUUCGAUUUGCCGUUCGAGCAAUAUGUGCUUGAUUCGUGGGCGAGUUUUGCUCGGUCUGCGGAUCCGACACCUAGCUUGGCUUUCUUGAAAGCGAGGGGGUAUGUGAAUACAACGGAGGAAGUUGAGAGGACGGGAUCGUGGAUACCGUUUGGGCAGAGUGGGUAUCAAAUGAGGAGGUUGCAGUGGCCGUCGGAGAUGGUGGCUUUGGAUGAGACGCUUCAGUGUCAGGCAUUGAAUAUGUCGUUGAGCUACUAUACUGUCUAG